CAUAGUCACAGCAGCGCUAUAUUUCCGCAGUGUGGCCCGCGUUUGGCUGUCUUUGUGUGCUAAGCUGGCUUGUGGAACCUGCCUUCUCUCUGUUUCUCUCUCCGCUCGCCACACAUAUAAAUAUAAAUAAUCCAAAAAAAAAAAAAAAGAAAAGAUUUCUGUAAGACAAAGUUGAACUCAGUAAAAACUGUUGGUAGUGUAAGAGAAGAGGAAAGAGAGACACAGGACAGGACUGAUGGAAACCAAGAAACUGAAAGGAAAAUUACAUGAGGUUGAGACCCGAAACUGCACUGCUUCUGAAUAUAGCUCAGACCAUACAGAUAAGAAAAAGAAGAAGAGAAUGCAAUUACAGAGGAAGAAAAAGGGGGUUUCAAGGAAGCCCAAGAGUCUGAAAUCUAAGGAUAAAAAAGUCUGCGCAGAUAAUACCAACAAAUCAGGAAGCAUUGCACGAAAGAGGACCCGAUAUACCGACCUAUAUGAUGAUGUUGAAGCUAAGUUUUCCGUUAUGGAGCGAGCAGAAAAAGUGCUAGCCCGUCUAGAAAAUGAGCUCCCUCAUUUUGUAAAGUGUAUGCUGCCAUCAAAUGUUGCUCAUGGAUUUUGGCUGCAUCUACCAAAAAAAUUCUGCAGUGUUCAUUUGCCCAAUCAUGAUACCUCCAUCGUGUUGGUGGAUGAGUGGGGAAAUGAGUACAAGACAUCUUAUCUUCUGGAGAGGCACGGCCUAAGUGCUGGAUGGAGGGGUUUUUCCAUAUCGCACAGAUUGCUGAAAGGAGAUAUACUAAUUUUCCAUUUGACGGGACCUUGCAAACUAAAGGUGCACAUUGUGAGAGUAAAUGACUCAGACGUUGUAGGAGCUGCACUUUGCCUCAUGGAUAUGGAUGCUUCCAGGAGAGGGACAAAUGCUGAAAGCAUGAAGAGAGAUAACAAGAAGCGAAAGAAAACAAAGUAUGUGGAGCCGUUUCUGCUUGAUAUUUCUACACCUCUGGAAAACAAAGGAAAAAACGCACCAAGCUCUAUUCCUGCGCCUGUGGCGGAUCGAUCUGCAAGUAAGGGUGAUGGUUUUAGUUACGAAGUCAUUGAAGGUUCUGAAAUUACGAAUCAGCCUCAAUCUAAGGACCUAUGCUAUCCUAAGACGUCAUUUCUGCAUGACCAUUCCCGUGAGGGCGUCAUUUGUCGGUAGACUCCCAACGAGAAUGUGGCGAAGAGCACUUGUGACUGCCCGCCUCCCAUUUUGUAGAGUCCAUAGGCAUCAAAUCAGGGGGAAAAGAUGUAAAAAGUCCCAACGUAUUUGGUAAAGACGGCACAAGUUUUUGACUCGAUCCUGAAUCAUGAGAAGCUUCAAACUUCGAUUUUCAUCUUGGGACGGUAAGGGUAGAAUAUAGAAACUGUGAAAGUGUUUCGAAAUACAACAUUCUGACGAAAGGCCUGAAUAUAUAUAAUACUGAUAUCGACAUCCAAAGGUAAAAAGUAAGUAAAUUGAACUAUUGUAAGUGCAUGUAAUGUGUUAGAUGUAUGAUGUCUAUACAGAACCUUCACUCACAUGGUCGAGCGGAGGAUUUGUAAUGAAUGCAAUCGUUAUAGCGUUGUCAGAUUUGAAGGUGGCUUGUGAAUUCUGCGGAAUUUUUUUGGGUUAUGUACAAGUUCGAGUUUGUAUCAAAGGAUCACAUUAUGCUGCCGUA